CUCUCAUCCCAAUUUCACACCUCUCCAAUUCCCGCCCCCUCUCCCUCCACUACAAAUUCACCAAUCCCUUAUCCCCAAACCCUUCCUCAAUCCCUCACACAUCUCCUCAAAAUAUCUCAUCUCUCUCUCAAUCGAUCCUCCACAAUCGCCAUCACCAUGAAAGACAUCUCCAGAUCUCCCGCGAGAAAGAACGACGGAUUCCACCGCUACCUGAAACCAGGCGCGCUUGCUCAGAUCCGAAACUCCAGAAUCAACACCAGAUCAUCCACCUCUCUCCUCUCCCUCUCCCUCUCGCCUCCGAUCGAUCCACCUUCUCAGCAGGCGAACAAUCUGACGGUGGAGCAGGUGCCGCAUCUCCUGAGGAAGAUCUACGGUCCCUACAGUUACCAGAGGAAGAAGCUAGGCGCUGCGAGAUCAUCGAUGAUGAUGAUGGUUAAUUUGAACAACAACCCUAUGAUAAUUGAAUCUUCAAGUGGCGGAAACAGUAGUGAUGUAAUUGCUCAUUGAAUUAAUGUAUAAUUUCCUUUUGUGUGUAAGUUAUUGUUGUGAUACAAUUUGGGGGGUGGAAUAAUGUUUUAUACUCGUUUAAGAAGACUUUAUUAUAUUAUACAGAUCACUGAAUUUUCGAUAUACCAUGUGUUUAUCAUUUAAUUUAAUUUUCUCUUGUGUGGGAAUCAU